AAGAAUGUGAAAACUUUAUCAGGCAGGUGUGGCUCUGCUGCUGCUGCUGCUGAUAAAGGGCAGAAAGUAAACCGACCAACAUCUGCUUUAACACCGAAUGGUGUACCAUUACGCGUAAGCUGUGGUUUUCACUGGGGAAUUAUUACACAGCUCUAGUUAAGGACGAGGACACCAUGGAGUCGUCUGUUGUGAACCCGUACAACCAGUUCCAGAUUCUCAGAGCCCAGGCGGACUGUCUGAAUGAGGGCAUUGAACCACAGUUCCUUCAGAUGGCAAUAAACUUUGAGGAGUGUCGCAAGAAGUGGAUGCGGGCAAGCGAUGAGCUGGUUUCUUGUAAAGAGAUGCUGACUAAAGCAGAGACUGAGCGAGGAGCCCUGGAUGUCAAACUGAAGCACGCCCGCAACCAGGUGGACGUCGAGAUUCGCCGGCGUCAAAAGGCUGAGAUGGUCUAUGAGAAGCUGGAACGCCAGCUACAGCUGAUUAAGGACCUGCUGAUAUCGGACAACAACGCUAACAGUAUCAACUUGAGCGAGGAGCAGCGUUCUGCCCUGGCCUUCCUCAGUGCUCACUCCCAGGCAGCACAGGCUGCUAAAGUUGACCUCAAUUCAAGCCGAAGGUUAACAACAAUCGAUGAAUCUGCAUCUUUGCUGUCAGACAUUAGCUAUGACCAAACGGAUGACUCGCUGGACUGGGAUUCGUCUGUUAUGAAGACUGUGAGACUGAGGAAACGGCAGAAACGGCGUUCCUCCAGAAAACUCUGUGACGGUCCUCCACAGGCUGUGAAGAAAACUCGCUCUACUGGACGCAUAUCAGAUAGGAUAAAUGAGUCUGUUGUGACCAAAACUACUAUCACUGUGCCUGUAAAUGGUGGUGCUGUUGAGGCCAUCUCCACCAUUGAAACUGUGCCUUACUGGACACACAGCAGAAAGAAAAGUGUUGCUCGAAGCUGGGCUGAUACAACCACUACUGACCAAUCAGAGACUGCCAGUGAGGCUCCCAGCACAUCAGUUUCAGAUUUCCCUCACCAAUUUCAAACUCCCAAAGCUAAAGGAGGAAAGAAACACCAUUUCGUUCCCAAAACAGUGAUCCGGUCUGAAUUCUGUGCGCCAUGUGGCAGAAGAACAAAGUUUGGCAAGGUUUUCCUUCGCUGUCAGGAUUGCAGGGUCGUGGCCCAUCCAGAAUGUCGCGAGCGUUGCCCCUUGCCCUGUAAUCCAACAGUUGCCAGCACUCCCAUCACAAACACGGAGGCCACCUUGGCUGAUUUUGCUCCAGCCACCUCCCCAAAGAUCCCAGCUUUGGUUAUCUGCUGCAUUAAGGAGAUUGAGCACAGAGGCCUACAUGAGGUUGGCCUGUACAGAAUCUCUGGCCAGGAGCGCAUGGUAAAGGAGCUGAAGGAGAAGCUGAUUAGAGGAAAGGUUCUACCUCAGCUUAGCAAAGUCGAAGACAUCAACGUGGUCACAGGUGUCCUCAAAGACUUCCUGAGAAACCUCCCGGAGCCGCUGCUCACCUUCCACCUUAACAAAGCUUUCAUGGAAGCAGCUGAAAUCCAGGAUGACGGCAACAGUCUGGCCAUGAUCUACCAGGCCAUUAGUGAGUUGCCUCAACCCAACCGAGACACUCUGGCCUGUCUGAUGAUUCACCUGCAGAAAGUGUCACAUAGUGUGGCUACCAAAAUGGAUGUGAACAACCUGGCCAGGGUCUUUGGCCCAACCCUCGUGGGUCAUGCUGUUUCUGACCCAGACCCCAUGACCAUCCUGCAUGACACAAGCAGACAACCAAGGGUGAUCGAGCGCCUGCUCAGUAUUUCAGCACACUAUUGGAGUCAGUUCGCCUCUCCAGAUAUCGCUGCCAUGGAAAAUGAUCACCAGUUUGAAACUCCAGAACACAAAGUGAGCAUCCUGGGACCCGUGACCACUCCAGAGCGCCAGAUGAUGUCAAAAACACCUUCCUCCAGCUCACUGUCCAAGCGCAUGAUGCAGACCCUCUCCAGCACCACCAUAUUUGGGAGCAAGGGCAAAGCAACAGCUGCUUCCAACCGCCAGGGGACCUUCUUCUCUUCUCCACAACUGGUGUAAUGAAGGAUUAAAGGAAAAAAAAGAAAAGAUGAACCUAUAUUUUACUUUUGGGUUACUUAUUGCAAAAAAACAAACAAAUUUCUAUUCACAUAAUCGUGUGGGCAAACUACUGUGCAAUUUCUUUCUAGCAUGCAAGUUUUUUAAUAUUGUAAUUUUUUAAUCACGUGUUUUAACAAAAAGACAUUUAUAACUAGUCCUAUUUUCCUAUUUUUUUUUUACGCUCCUUUUUUCUAUAUCUUGAGUACUAAUGAUGUGUUUUGACCAAAACUGCUCACAUCUGUGAUUGUGAGGGGUUUAACCAAGCAUGCUAAACUGAAGAAUCCAUACUAACACUUGGCAUUGAAGUUCUUUAGCUAUGUGGCCAUUGGUGUGUAUCCAUCUUUGAACCUGUGGUUGUAACUGCAGCAACACUGAUGAGUGCAAUACACAAAAAUUCAGUUAUAUUAUUGGCCAGUGUCUUUUUUUCCCCUUACUGUUUUUUCUGAUGUGACAUUUUCUUUUAUAUGUGAGUGUGUUUAUUGUGUGGUGUUGCAUAACAAUCAUGACUUGUCUACUUUAACAAUGCUGCAAAGUUAACACUGAUACUGAAUGGGAAUGUUGUUGCUUUUUUUGCACUGUGUGUUUUGUUUGUUAACAAUCUUAAGUAUUUUUCUACCUGGGAAUAUUUGCCACUAGAGGCUGCUGUUGCACCACUUUUAAUAUGCAAACAUCAACCAAUGAUAUACUGUCUAUUAUGCACAUGACUAAGAUUCUGCUUUUUUAGUCUUUAGCAGAUCAUGAGGGAUACUUUAAUUUGAUCUAACCUUCAAAGGCUCACACAUCUGUGUGGUCAAAACAGGACUUUAAUUAUUGUUAAAACUGAUUUACAUGUCACUGUUUAGAGUUUGUAUCCACUGUAGUUUUGCUAUUUAUUCCUAAGAAGUGAAGAAUAUGUCUUGUGUCACUUUUACAAACUGCAGAUUUUAUCAUGAUGACCAAACUGGUACAGAUUUUAUCUGAGGGGGAAAUGUUCAUAUCAUCUCACGGUAUUUAACUAAAGCCAAAUCUAGCUGAUUUAGUGUUUGCAGUGCCAAAAAAAAGAAUUUGUAAUCCUUUUAACACUGCUCUUUGUAUUAUUUGUAUUUUAUACAUUUAUACAACUAUAUAUGAUCCUGUUUCUUUAAUGACAUGUCGUGAAACUGACUUUAAAGAUUUUGUGGACAGAAUAUUAUAUUCUUUUUAUAUGAGAUCAAAAAAGUCCACAGUUGAGAUAAAAGAAAUAAAACCUCAGAACAUGA